UGAAUCCGGGCAUCCGGGCCAGCUCUGAGCAAUGGCAGAGCCAUGGGACGAAGGUGAGGAACUUGAAGGCUCAGAUGCGAGCGAAGACAGUGAGAGAGCCAUCACGCAAAUGGAUCCGCUGGAAUUGCGCUUUUCGCAGCGCAAGAUGCGAAACGUUUUUGCUGAUGGCAAGCUCAUUGCAGAUUCAGUGAAGCAGGUGCGCCCAAUUCGACGAACAGAAGAGGAGCAAAGCAUCUAUGGAGCACCCUAUCGUCUUGAAGCGCCGUUUCCACCCAUCGAAGUCCUUCGAUUUCGCUGCAAGCUACGGCCUCAAAGAUGGGCCUUAGACAACAGCCUACAACAAGAGUGA